AUGAAGAAACACCAUUUUUGUUGUCUUUUGUCUCUACUUGUUUUCUCUUCGGCCCUCUCCGAUGAGCUUGAGUCUAUUCUUGCCAUCAAAUCCGCCCUCAAUAAUCCUUCUGCCACCAUAUUCAAUACAUGGAACCCAACAACCAACAAACUCUGUAAUUUCUCCGGAAUCACUUGCCACCCAAAUGGCGCUGUCCAAAUUAUCGAGUUAUCCCAACAAUAUUUAUCGGGAAAGGUUCCAUUUGAUUCCAUUUGCAAGCUCAAAUCCCUGGAGAGGCUCUCUCUCGGCAGCAAUUUCCUCGUGGGAUCCGUCACAGCCGACUUGAGGAACUGUGUCAAUCUCAACUACCUCGAUCUUCGCGACAAUUUACUUAACGGAGUUGUCCCCGAUCUCUCUCCUCUCAAAAAACUCGUCACUUUGUACCUAGAACUUAACGGAUUUUCAGGUCCGUUUCCGUGGUAUUCAUUAGCCAAUAUGUCGGGUUUAGUUGUGUUGAGCGUUGGCGAUAAUACUUUUGAUAAAUCGCCAUUCCCGGAGGUUCUCACCUCGCUGAAAAACCUGGAAUUGCUCUACUUAUCUAACUGCAGUAUCGUGGGUUCGAUUCCUCGUGGGAUCGGGAACCUGAGGAAGCUGCACACUCUGGAGCUAGCAGAUAAUUAUUUGGAAGGGAAGAUUCCCUCCGAGAUAACAAAGUUAAGGAAUCUUAAGAUGUUAGAGCUGUACGAUAAUCUUUUAACAGGAGAAUUGCCUGUUGGAUUAGGGAGACUUUCAAAACUCGAAUACUUUGACGCUUCGAAUAAUCAACUUCAUGGGGAUUUGUCGGAAAUCAAGGGUCUAACUAAUAUGGUGGAUUUGCAACUUUAUUCAAACGGGUUUACCGGCCAGAUUCCACCGGAGUUAGGGGAUUUCAGGCGGCUGGUGAAUGUUUCUUUUUAUCAGAACAAAUUAACCGGUGAGAUCCCACAGAAACUCGGGUACUGGUCGGAGUUUUACUUCAUUGACGUGUCGGAAAAUAACUUGACGGGUUCCAUUCCACCGGAUAUGUGUCGGAACGGUAAUAUGUCACAGUUUUUAGUGGUGCAGAACAAGCUUACCGGCGGAAUUCCGGCGACAUAUACAAAUUGCACGUCCUUAUACCGGCUACGCGUCAGCAACAACUCACUUUCCGGCGAGAUUCCCAGUGGCAUCUGGGGAUUACCGAAACUGGGUCUGUUCGAUAUUUCUCUAAACGAAUUUCAUGGUCCGAUUUCAGAGGAAAUUGGAAAAGCAGCGUCUCUUGAAGGAUUACGUGUUAAUAAUAAUAGAUUAUCCGGUCAAAUUCCGGUAUCAAUCAGAAACGCAUCUAAGCUGGUGGAAAUGGAUCUCAACAAUAACCAAAUAUCGGGGAGAAUUCCAGAAACAAUUGGGUACAUGAAAAAGCUAAGCAUUCUCCAUUUACAGAAUAAUAAAAUCUCUGGUUCAAUACCAGAAACCAUUAAUUCUUGUGUUUCUCUGUCUGACAUAAACAUGGCUAACAAUUCAAUCUCUGGGGAUAUACCAUUUUCUUUUGGCUCACUUCCAGCUCUCAAUUCGAUUAACCUGAGCCGAAAUCAGCUUGUCGGACCGAUACCCACAACCCUUUUUUCUCUCAAACUCACCCUUCUCGAUCUUUCUCAUAAUCACCUCUCUGGACCAAUUCCAGAUUCAUUUACCACGAAUGCUUACAGUGGCAGCUUCGACGGAAAUGAAGGCUUAUGUAGCAGGAAAAAGAUAGGAUUCCAGCCCUGUUCGUUGGGAAUGGGAAUCCCUAACAGUCCAAGACGGCAAAUACUCAUACUUCUUCUAACAGUUCUCGUCUUUGUUUUGCUAUUGUCAAUCACAAGUUAUUUAUACAUUAGAAAGAAAAGGAUUCAAAAAGAUCGUAACUUACCCCUGAAAGAAGAAUCAUGGAAUGUGGAAUCAUUCGAUAUCCUAACGUUCAACAAAGAUGAGAUUCUCAAUGCGAUCAAGCUAGAGAAUCAAAUCGGACAAGGUGGGUCGGGAAAUGUGUACAAGGUUUCUUUAUCUAACGGCAUGAAUUUGGCAGUGAAGUGUAUUUUGAAUUCUAGACCCGAAAAGCCAAAACAACAAAGUGUUAGUCUGUUCGAUGCUGAGGUUCGAACUUUGAGCUCGAUCCGACAUAUAAAUGUUGUGAAGCUUUAUUGUAGCAUUUCGAGUGAACACUCUAGAUUGUUAGUGUACGAGUUUAUGCCAAACGGGAGUUUGUGGGAUCAGCUUCACUCGUGUCCAAAGAUGACUCUCGAUUGGGAAACAAGGUUCGAGAUCGCUAUAGGUGCUGCAAAAGGGUUGGAGUAUCUUCACCAUGGUUGCAACCGUCCCAUAAUUCAUCGAGAUGUAAAGUCCAGCAACAUUUUAUUGGAUGAGGCCUUGAAACCUAGAAUAUCUGAUUUUGGACUUGCUAAGAUAGUGCAAAUUGCAAAUCAAAAUCAAAAUGAUUCUACUCAAAUCGUUGCUGGAACACAUGGUUACAUCGCUCCCGAAUAUGGAUAUACAUGCAAGGUUUCCGAGAAGAGCGACGUUUACAGUUUUGGAGUAGUGUUGAUGGAAUUAGUAACCGGUAAAAAGCCAAUCGAGCCAGAGUUUGGAGUGAACAAGGAUAUUGUAGAAUGGAUUUGUGGGAAAGUGAAGACUCGAGAAAGUGCAUUGAGUGUAGUAGACUUUACAAUUCAAGGUGAUUAUCGAGAAGAGUCGCUCAAGGUUCUAAGAAUCGCUAUUGAUUGUAUCGCUAGCCGUCCUUCGUCCAGGCCAACAAUGAAAAGUGUGGUCCAAAUGUUGGAGUUGUCAAGAUGUUGCAAGAUGCUACCCUUGUAAGCUAUAUAUAUCUACCAAAUUGAGUACAAAUUAAAUAACUC